AUGGAUGCGCCUCUCUCGUCGACCUCGUCGGUGGAGCUCGACACGCCCCCGGCCACGGAGAGCGAGUACGGCAGCGGUGCCACCGCAACUGAGGAAAGGAGGAAGAAGAGCAAGAGCAGCAAGAGCAAGAAAAAGAAGAAGGUGAAGGAGAAGGAGAAGGAGAAGAAAAAGAAGAAGGGCAAAGACAAAGAAAGCAGCGACCCCUCCUCUUCCUCGUCCUCGUCCUCCAUCACGACAACCAAGAAGAAAACUCGACUGCAGAAGAACAAGAAGGAGAGGCGAACAAGCGAUGCAGAUUCAAAAGUGAGCCAGGGAGGAGGAGGACCCUCGCUGAGCGCCACGUCGUUGACGGUGGUCGCCAGCCGAGCGGGUGGCGUCGGCGGCACUUUGAAGAAGGACCCCCACCCCCACCACCUGGGCGGCCUCCACCCGGUGGCCCCCGCGGCGGAGGACCAGGACUACAUGGACAACCACCACGAAAUCGGCAUCAAGGAAAUACUGGUGGUGGAGAUGCUGGGCGAGGGCUCUUUCUGCAACGUGUGGAAGGGCAAAUGCCGCGGCAAGGAGGUGCUCAUCCGCAUCCUCAAGCUUCAAUCCAACAGCCUCAGCCACAAGGACAUCAGCGAGCUGCGCGAGGAAGUAAAGCGACUCAGCAAAAUUCGCAACCCGCACAUCGUCUUGUUCAUGGGCGCCUGCCUCGAGCCGGGCUACUUGACGCUGGUGACCGAGUACAUGCCGUCCAACCUGGAGAUCAAGCUCCUGCGGGACCGCGACCGAAAGGACAUCACCCCGUACCAGCGCCUCAAGAUGGCCAAAGACGCCGCCCUCGGGAUCCAGUGGCUGCACAAGAUGAACACGCCCAUGGUCCACAUGAACCUGCACCUCUCCAACCUCUUGGUGGGCAACGACGGGAUGGUCAAGAUCGCCGAUUUCGGGUUCCUCAACAUGCGCCGCAAGUGUGCCGGGCGACGGGACCUGGCCAGUUUUGUGUACAUGGCUCCGGAGUUUCUGCGCGACGGGACCAAGAGCGAGAAGUGCGACGUCUAUUCGUUCGCCUGCUGCCUUGCGGAGAUCCUCACCGGUGCGUUCGACACCACCACUACCGCGCGCGCAAUCUUCGGCCUUCUCCGCGAGCGUGCUCCCCGCGUCGAGGUGUUCAAGUCGCUCAAGCGCGAGAUCCUGUUGUCCAACCAACCGGAGGUCGUACUGUACGACAAAAUCGUGAUCAGAGGAACACGACCCAAAUUGUCGGCCGACCACGUCCCGCCACCGCUGGCGGCGCUCAUUCGCCGAAGCUGGUCGCCCAAGCCCGAGGAAAGGCCCAAUUUUGAUGAGAUCAUCAACGUCCUCGACACCGCCAUCAUCGAUGCCGUCAUCAACGACAACGCUGGUCGCGCGCUGUGGCGGGACAAUUUCACGGGCCGCACGAGAGUGACGUGGGAGGAUUUCGUGGCCGCCCUGUGCGGCAUGUUCAUGAUCCCCCUGCCCGUCCUCAACGAUGACAAGAAGCUCGACGUACACUGGCGCUGCCUCAAGGCCCUCCUCGUCAAGGGCGGCAUCGACGACCCCGAUGGCCGUCUGAUGCAGGGCAGCGGGAUGGUAACGCUGGAGAGCUUCGGCGGCAACCUGGCGUGCUUCGGACCCCUCAUGAACCUCAUGGGCGUCGCCUUCCUCACACGAAUCCGGAGCGUGGUGGAGCUCGAGUGCUUUCACGGCUACAUCACCCCGGAGAUGGCCGAGGAGCGGCUUGCCGACCAGCAGCCGGGCACCUUUCUCCUCCGGCUGAGCUCGCACGCGGGCAUCUUUACCGUGUCCGUAGUGACCCGAAAGGGGGUGGAGCACAAGCGCAUUCUCUACAAAGCCACCAGUGACUUUGGUCCCGUUUAUCUGUACAACAGCUGCCCGCAUCGAAGUCUGAACGACCUGUUGCGAGCGGAGAGGGCCUCGUUCCAGCACCCGUUCUCCUCGUCGCGCUACAAGAAGCUGCUCGCGCUCGAUGUGGAGGUGGGCAGCAGUAGUGGCGUGCCGUCGCAGCGACUCAAGGCCGACUACCUCAUCCCCAACGGGUGGGACGACGACCGCUCCUGA